GCCGACGCUCAGUGGAAACACGUCUGGAUCUCACGCGUGAUGGGAAGUAAAAAAGCAAACAGGAAAUUUUCCCUGGACAGCUCAGGAUAUCAACUGGAGAUCAGCGGAGUCUCAGUCAAGCCCAAGCACAGCAUGUUGUUGAGAAGAUCUUCAGAGAUCAGAAGCUUGCAGAGUCCAGACGAAACGCAUCCGGAGAUCCUGGAGCACAACAGCAGCGUCACACGCAGAUCCACGAUCAUCGAGGAGGAGGGCCGGACCAGAUUCAGCGUUCACAACAGUUUCAAGAACCACAGCAGAACCUUCCGCAAGCUCUUCCCUGAGAUCCCGGAGGAUCUGGAGCACGUGUUCACCUGUGCUCUGCAUAAGGAGGUGCUUUACCACGGAAAGAUGUACGUGUCGCGUCAGCACAUCUGCUUCCACUCGUCUGUGCUGCUCAAGGACACCAAGGUGAUGAUCCACAUCUCCAGCGUUCUGACUAUAAAGAAGAAACACACCGCUAAGAUCGUUCCCAACGCUGUCGCUGUCAUCACUGACGACGGACACAAGUACGUGUUCGGCUCGCUGAGGAACCGAGAGUCGUGUUUCCGGCUGCUGCAGUCGCUCUGCCCGCAGACGGAGAUCCUCAGCAGAAAGUCCUCCGCUGAACACACUCCUGAGAUGGACUGCGACAGAAUCUCCAGCUAUUCGAGUCUAGAGGAGAAUCCUGAGAAUCAAACGAUUCCUCUGAACGAACAGACUCUCACCGACUCUCAAACAUCAGUCCGAAGCAGCUCGACGACACCUGACUCAAGCCGAAACACACCAGAGCAACACACCACAGCGCUCUCCUGGGUUUCCAUGGUAACAGAGAAGGUCCGAUCGUCCAAUGACACGCUCCGACUCAACAAGCUCCUGCUCUUCUAUCUGAUCCUAGCGGUCCUCCUCCUGUUGUCGUCGGGUUACAUCGGGCUGAGGAUCGUGGCGCUGGAGGAGCAGCUGAGCAUUCUGGGAUCUCUGCCGGAGUUCACACAGCAGAAAGAGUGAGU